AUGGCGACCAGCGCGGUCCUGAGCGACAAUCUGCCAACCUACAAACUGGUGGUGGUGGGAGAUGGCGGCGUGGGGAAGAGCGCACUGACCAUACAGUUUUUCCAGAAGAUCUUUGUGCCAGAUUAUGAUCCCACCAUAGAGGAUUCCUACCUGAAACACACGGAGAUCGAUGGACAAUGGGCGAUCCUGGAUGUGCUGGACACAGCCGGUCAAGAAGAAUUCAGCGCCAUGCGAGAGCAGUACAUGAGGACUGGCGAUGGGUUCCUGAUCGUGUACUCGGUCACCGACAAAGCCAGCUUUGAACAUGUGGAUCGCUUUCACCAACUCAUCCUCAGGGUCAAAGACCGAGAGUCGUUCCCGAUGAUUCUCGUCGCCAACAAAGUGGACCUGAUGCACUUAAGGAAAAUUUCCAGUGACCAAGGGAAGGAAAUGGCGGUAAAACACAACAUUCCAUACAUUGAGACAAGUGCCAAGGACCCGCCGCAGAAUGUGGACAAAGCAUUUCACGACCUCGUACGAGUAAUCAGGCAGCAGAUCCCAGACAAGAGCCUGAAACGGAAGAGGAACACCAAGUGGCGAGGAGAUCGCUCUACGGGAACGCACCGGCUGCAGUGCGUGGUCUUGUGA